AUUAAAAGUUUAAAAUAUUUAAUUUUGUAUCAGAAGACAGUGUUUGCUGAGAUCAGCAGACUAAUUUCUUUGGGUAUACGCGUACAUUUGUGUAUUUUUCAUGUGUGAUAAGCAAUGUUUUAAGGUUUUAUUGUCAAAUCAACAUCUAAUUAGUCAGUGUUUGGAAAAAAGUAAAAGCAGCAAAAUGGAACGUUGGAUGAAGCGCAUUGCCGUAAUUACUGGUGCCAGUUCAGGCAUUGGUGCAACAAUUGCAAAAGAUCUGCUGGUGUCUGGAUUGAUUGUUGUCGGUUUAGCUCGGCGCAAAUUUCGCAUUGAGGAGUAUAAAAAAGAUUUGCCCGAGAAUCUUCAAGCAAACCUUUAUGCUGUUCAUUGUGAUGUGUCCAAUUUACAAUCAAUUACGGACGCCUUCGAUUGGAUAGAAGCUAAUUUGGGUUGCAUAGAUAUUUUAAUCAACAAUGCGGGUAUUUUUAAAUUGGGUGCAUUAUCCGCUAUGGAUCUUAAUAUUAUACAAAAUACACUGCAAGUUAAUGUGAUGGGAGUGGUGGCUUGCACUCAGCGGGCCUUUAGGUCAAUGAAACGGCGAAACUUUGAUGGACACGUGAUAAUUAUCAAUAGCACAUUAGGCCACAAUAUACCAUGCCUGCCCGAUAUGGAAAUAUGGAGCAUAUAUCCCGCUACAAAAUAUGCCUUGACAGCCAUUACCGAGAUCUAUCGCCAAGAAUUCCGAGGCUUGGGUACAAAAGUAAAAGUAACCAGUAUUAGCCCUGGACUAACGGACACCGAAAUGGUUGAUGACAUUUGGAAGAAUGAAGCGAAAAUGCUCAGGGCUGAAGACAUCGCUCAAUGUGUGCAUUAUGCACUUUCCACCCCACCACAUGUUCAUAUUCAUGAGCUAAUUGUACAAUCAUUAUAAAUGCAUACUCUUGAACUGUCAAGAUAACUCA